UGUUUUACAUUAUUUAAGCCUCACAGGGUUUGUCUGAAAUAACAUCCAGUUUUUUCUCAGCAAUUACAAACUAUUUCAAUAACCUUGAUAUCAAAAUGAGGCUAACGUUUGAGGGACUCCUUCAGAAGUGUAAGCAUCACAUCUGUUUGCUAUAGUUUUGAUUUUUUAAGUUGUUUGUAACAGAUUUUAAGUUUCCUCUGCUGAAUCCUGACCAACCAUCAGUGUGUUCCUGCUCCAGCAGGUGGUCUGGUUUCCUGCUGCUGGAGCUCAAAUGCUUCAACGUUGCUUUUCUAGACCCAGGACAAAAUGUCGGCUGGGUAUUUUUUCUGUUUUUGUAAAUCUUAGGAUGACUGUAUGUAAUAAAAACAGCAAAGAUCAGCAGUUUAUGAUCAACUUAAAUCCUUUCCUCCUUAUUCUGAUGCUCCAUUUGAGCUGUCGAGUUCCUGCAACGUGAUUGGCUGAUUUGUGCGUGACAAUAAAAUUGUGUGAUGUUUAUUUACAGGAAAAGGGAUUAAUGGAAACUUUUACAUCAGACUGUUCAGUAGAUUUUAUCUUUGUGGUUACCAGAAACAGCCCUGUGAUGUCAUCAUUGAAUCAUUCCUUCUUUUACUGAAUCUAACAACUCGGUUCAGUUCAUUUAAUCAGUUCACAGGAUCGGCCGUUCAUUAAACAAGUUUGUUCCAGUAACGUCUGUUUCCGUCGUAUUCCAGGACACAGUGUGAAGCCAGAAGGCGGGGUCAGAGGUCAUUAUGAGGUGUGAACGGCCUCUUUAGGAUGGAUGGUCCAGGAUGUUCCAGGUGUGAACAGGAAGUGGGCCUGACCCGGUUCCCACAGAGCUGCUGACGUCUCGGCGUCAACAACAUUUGUUGCUCUGACUUACGGCUCAGGAACGUUUGGUUGGCAUCAGGCUGCAAGCCGAGGCGUUUCUGUUACAACCUUAGCAAACCACAGCAGAGGCGUCAGCACCGGGUUCAGGGAAGGUCAACCAACCUACACGAAACCAUGACUGGUUCUUGAAGGAAGCGUGGCACUUUAUCCAUUUGACAAGCUUGAAGAUCUUUUAAAUGUUAAUUUAUUCAUUCAUUCAUGUUUUAAAACUCAACUAACUUAUUUAUUUCAAACAAAAGAUUCAUGGCCACCUCUGGAUCAGCGAUGUGCGGUCAGGGGAGAACUCUACUGUAAUCCUGAAAAGUAAAAUAGAUGCUAAUAAUGAUGAGAGAACAUCAAAUUUUUUGUAUAAAUUAGUCUUUCUAUUUGUAAUGUCAAGAACAUCGAUUUUUUUUAUGGCUAAAAUGACAUUGAGGAGCCAAACAGAACCAGAACCAACUGAAACACGAUGAACUAAACUCUUUAUUACUUUAGCAUUCCUGAUCUGCUUUCACUGCAGAUCAAAUCAAUUAUUUAUCCUGUUUUCAUCUCUCAGUUUUUAUGAUUGUUGACUCCAGAAAAGCUUUGGAGACACAUUGAGGUGGAUUUUAAAGACGUGGAGCAGGAGCCGAACAUUAAGACGGAUAAAACCUGCUGCAUUCAGGCCCCGCCCACACAGACACCAUGAAGGCGUUUGGUAACUUAAACUGGAAAUCCACGGACGCCAUUUUAACCAGAAAUUAUUUUGAAAAAUGUUUGAAAAGUAGAAAAAGUUCAAAACUCCAGUUUCAUGUUUCAGUGUCGACAUGCGAGCCGCGUUUUUAAAACGACAUCGCUGCUCCAUCUCUGUCUGCCUUCUUCUGUGGCUGAGUUACAGCGCCACCAAGUGGCCUGGCAGACACACAACAGCGUUUUCUACGGUGCUGCAUCCUGUUUUUAAUUUUCUCUUUAUCGUUUACAAAAAUUUACCUUGUUCACCUUCGUGUGGGCGGAGCCUCAGAGCGGGUCUAAAGUUCAUGUUUGUCAGAAUCUCAUUGGUUUCUCCUGGUCUGAUGUGAAAAUAUGGAUGGAUGGAUGGAUGGAUGGAUGGAUGGAUAAUUGGAGGGAUAAACAGAUCGGGAGGUUGUGGCUUAACUGAUUUAACUGGUUUAUUUGGGUUAACUGGUCUCCAGUAUCUCAUCCCCUCCCUCUCUGUGACACACAUGGGGCGCGCUCCUCUCCCGCACGCCCCCGCAGUAAAAGCGGGCUUCCCGCGGGUAACCGCUCAGACUCGGAGCCAGACGGACCCGCAUCCUGCCGCCGCCAUGCUGGACAGCCUCACCUUCCUCCUGGAGCGCCUCUUCCUCCUCGCCCACAUCAAGCUGUUCAGCCUGCUGCCCCCGCAGCUGGCCCGCAGCUGUGACCGGGAGGACCCGCUCCCGCAGCCCCCCGCAGCAGCAGCAGCAUCUGCAGCGGCUGCCCCGCACAGGUUCCAGCGCGGGGACCUGCUGGAGGUCCCCCGAACCCUCUUCACGCACUUCGGGAUCUACCUGGGCGACAACCGGGUGGCGCACCUGAUCCCGGACAUCCUGCCGGUGCUGAGCUCCGACAGCCGGCAGAUCCAGCAGAUGGUGACCAACAGCCGGCUGCUGCUCGGCGUGCUGUCCAAGCGCGCCAGCAUCCGGGUGGACUCGGUGGAGGACUUCGCGUACGGAGCCGGGAUCCUGCUGAACGCCAUGGACCGGGCGGUGCCGCACAGCCCGCUGCCCGGGGAGGAGGUGGCCCGGCGGGCCGAGCGGCUGGUCGGCGGGGUGUCCUACAGCCUGCUGUGGAACAACUGCGAGCACUUCGUCACCUACUGCCGCUACGGGGCCGCGCAGAGCCUGCAGACCGACCAGUUCUGUGAGUGGCUGAAGUCUCUGAUCCGGGACCAGCGCUGCGUGGUUCUGACCGGCCUGCUGGGCCUCCUGUCCAUGGCGUGUUUGGGCGUAUCUGCCGGCACCGCCCUGCCCUCCGCCCUCAUCCCCUUCACCCUGUGGAUGGCCAGCUAAGAGGCAACAAACCCAGAGACUCUGUUCAUCUGGCCUUUCACUAGACCGUUUGGGUUUUAGGAGCAGACGGAAACUGUCGCCUCGUCUGAUUGAUUUGGAAGUAAAAAUGUUUUCUACUAGUUUGGACACAUCUCACUUUGAUAUUAUGUUUUUUUUCUGUUAUUGUUUUUAUUUUCUCUCCUGCUGAAUAGAAACUUCAUCUGAUGAUUAUCAGCCAAUCAGAAGACAGAAAGAAACCAAAACAGCCAAUUGAACAUUUUAGUUCAGAUUUUAAAGAUUCUGAACUAAAGUUUUAGUUAAAUCUCACAUUAACUCUGCUUUGUUUCUAAUUUUUAUCUUUGACAGGUGAAUCUGUUUAAACAUUUGGUUUUUCCCUCCAGUCUGCUCUUUGAUAAAGUUUGGCUCCAUUUCUACGCAGCAUGUCAGGAAUCUGUUUGGUUUUUUGCUGUUUUUGUUUCAGCACUGUAACCUGGUGAAGAUGUAAAUAUCUGUAAAUAUCCUUCUGGACCUGAUUGUUUCCUAACAGUCACAAACUUUUUUACCGUUUUAUAACUUGUUAUAUUGUGUUUUAAUGUGUAAAUAAAGGAAAUAGAAGAAGA